AUGAAUACCAUUUUCCCCACUGUCGAAGGAUCCAAUGUCAAAUGUUCAAAUGACAGGCAUACCACCUCCCCAACCCCAUGGGAUGUUAUCGCCAAGUAUGGAUGCUUUUCCAAUGAGUAUGAGAGGCAAUGGUGGCUAGACUCAGGCGCCCUGAUAGCACGAUAUCUCCAGAUGUGUCAGUACGAUCUCGAUCAACAGUACGCCUAUCUGCUCUUUCUGCGCCAAGUCGUCAUCCCAUCCUUGGGUCCCUAUCCCCCUGUCCGUCGAUCUUUCCUGAACGAGGCGAAGAUUGGGCUUGAGUUGAGCGUCAAUUUUGAAUCAUCAGGUCAUCCCAUCUUCCGGAUGACCUUGGACCCCAGCAAUGCGGAUUCAGGCAACUUAUUGGACCCGUUCAACAUCCGUGCCGUGGAGAGGGUUGUUGAUAAACUGGCUAUUAUCAAGCCAAAGGGAUUUGAUCGAACACUUUGUCAUCGUUUCAUGGAUGAUUUUAUCAUUUCUGAUAUCCAGACCAACAAGAUAUACAAUGAAACAACUAUCGAUGAACGGGUGGCCUCUUGUAUGCUUGCAUUUGAUUUCAAAGAAGGAGAGGUUGGAGUCAAAGAAUAUUUUUGGCCUCAAAUGGCAUCUCGGGCACAUGGAAAAUCUAUCCAUGAGAUGCUACGCAAUGCUCUAUCCAGGAUCGAAGGCCAGAUGUCCUCUUCUGCUGCGGCUGAACUUGUGAUGACCUACAUGGAGGGCAGCAAUAACCAUCUCCGCGAGAUUGUUUUCUUUGCCUGGGACUUCGUGGAGGUGUCAAAAUCCCGACUGAAAUUGUAUGUGUGGGAGAAGGAUAUUAGUCUUACGAAGGUGCAAGAGCUCUGGACUCUUGGAGGGAAGGUCAAAGGACCUGCGAUUGAUCAGGGGUUCAAACUUGUCGAGAAGCUGUGGACCAUCAUGAAGAUGGGGGAGCGGAAGCCAUGGCUACCAUUUCUGUUUAACUACGAGAUCAGUCCUGGCAAAGAAGAACCGUUGCCCAAAGUCUAUUUCCCAAUAGACGACGGGAAUGAUCUCGAAACCGCACUGGCCAUCGCCGAAUGGUUUAGGGUGCUCGGGUGGAACGACAGGGCCGAUUCGUACGUCGACCAAGUCCGACAUUUGCAACCCAAUAGAGACCUUAGCAAAACCUCUGGUCUUCAGACACUGGUGAUCUUCUCCUUCAAGGCUACGGGGCCCUAUACGACGAUCUACUAUCAUCCCCUUGCAACCUGCCCAUCCGCUUGA